AUGUCACACCCUGGUUGGGUGAUGGUCUCGUUUCUCACAGAAAUCUUCUCGACAAAUAUCAGCCUCGCUCAAUCGAUGUACAAUUGUGCGAACGACACAGAAAUCAUCAAUCAUAUCACAAAGGAUACGUAUAAUAAGCACUAUCUCCCGCAACAUCCGGUCCAAGUCCGUGUCGUAUGUGGGGUUCAAGAGGUCACUUCGGUAUCCGAAUUGACUCAGGAUUUCGAAAUUGACUUAUACAUCAACGAGUUUUGGGAGGAUCCGGCGCUAAUCUACGAGCAUUUGACUCCAUGUAAAAACAACUACUCAUUCGAUCAUAAAAUUCUCGAAGCUUUAUGGAUCCCGAACACAUGUUUUAUCAAUUCGAAAAAUGCGGCCAUUCACGAGUCACCAUUUCGAAACAUCUUCUUGAUGAUUUUCUCGAAUGGAACUUUAUGGACGAAUUAUCGAAUGAAAUUGACCGGUCCAUGUGAGAUGAAUCUCAAAAGAUUCCCAUUUGAUCAACAGAAAUGCUUGCUCACUUUUGAAUCUUACAAUUACAACACGGGCGAGGUGCGAAUGAAUUGGAAUCAGCCAUUCCCAGUGAUUUUGAUGAAAGACAUUCAAUUGCCCGAUUUCGAGUUGGUCCAUUUCUCGACAAUGGCCGAGGAGAUGCUUUAUCCAGCCGGCUUCUGGGACGAGCUAACCGUUGCUUUCAUCUUCAAACGCCGAUAUGGAUGGUACAUCUUACAGGGCUACAUCCCGACAAUGGUCACCAUUUUGAUCUCGUGGAUCUCGUUUUAUUUGGGAGCAAGAGCCAUCCCUGCCAGGACAAUGCUGGGGGUGAAUUCUCUUCUCGCGAUGACGUUUCAAUUCGGGAAUAUCAUCCGAAAUCUCCCGCGCGUCUCGUAUGUGAAAGCGAUCGAUGUGUGGAUGUUGAGCGGAAUGCUUUUCAUCUUUAUGUCUCUUCUGGAGUUGUGCGUGGUCGGUUUUAUGUCUCGAAACGACGGUCAACCACCAAAAGCUGCAAAAAAACGGAAAAAAGAAGCUGAAGAGGAGGACGUGGCAUGGAAAGGAGCGCAAACGAGUCCACAUCUGGAAUUGAGACAGUUCUGGGUCGAUAAGCGCUGCUCUUCGAUGCGAAACCAUGAGAACAACAAUGAGUCUUUUCCAGUCAACGAUGCGCCGGUAAAGCAGCUCACCUUUGAUUUGUUUCCACCAGUCGACUCAGUGUCAACACCCGACGAUUCUGUGACACCGCCACUCGGCGACGCCGACAUGUUACCCCCGUUGCAAGCGUUUGAGCGACGCCGAGAAAGGGGAUCGUUCUUUGGAGCGGUGCGGAAACGAUGGAAAAGAGUGCCCUCAUUGCGACCGGAAGUCGUCGAUUUUUACAGUGCGAUCCUCUUCCCGACGUGCUACUGUUUGUUCAACAUUAUCUACUGGACAUACUAUUUGACCGAUUUGUCGGCUUCAAACGAGGUCCAAAUGCACAUUCCGCCGGCCGACGAGGGAAACAAA